UGAGCGUGCUCGGCGAAUCAUCCUGUAAGUGGGCCGAAUAUUAUACUUUAUUUCAGCAGAGUUGUCGCCGCAGUGCUUGUGAUUAUUAUAAUAUUUUAUAAGGUUUUUUUUUUCCCCAAUAUCAGCGACGGUCGUAAACGUUUCGGUGGCGGCUCGAAAUGCGUGCUCGCGAGACGAACAAAAAAAAAGCAAAAUUAAUUAUUUAUAUUUUAUUUGAAUAUUAUUCCGCGAAACGUGGAAAACUUAUAACCUAAUUUUCGACGAUACCUUAGGUAGGUUUUCAACCACCCGCUGAGGGUUGAAAACAUGUUUUGUUUUUUAUAUUAUUUUAUAACACUCCGGUAAGCAUAUAACGGACACCGUUACUUAUAAUAUAAUAUUAUGUAUAUGUGAAGCCUGUGGAUCGAUCGCCAUGCCUCGUGGGCACCGAUCGCGUUUUGACAUUUUGUCUGCGAACGAGGCCGGACGGACGACAGCAAAGGGGACAACAGUUCGUUGGGGUUAAUUUUUUUCCCCUCCAAUCUUUAAGCCGAACACGUCGUCGGUUUGCAGGACGACAUUUGGUCGGCAGACGACUGCGUUAUCGAUUAACGGUAUUUACCAUGACAAAAUAGAUAGGUAUCAUCGCAGUUUUUCGAUACGCAACCUCCGUUCUUUACUUCACCUUUAUCGCAGUUCUCCACUUCUUAUUGACCGACAAUCGUAUACAUAGUGGAUGAUAUACUUAACCUACGUAUGACAUAGAAAAAAAUCAACCAAUCAGAAGUGGAGAACUACGACAUUGGCCAGAAGUGAAGGAGAUGGGCGCAUACUGAAAAAAAAAAAACUAUUACAACUGUGAUGAUACCUAUCUAUUUUGUCGUGGUAUUUACUAUAUUAUAAUCAGUACGAUGAACGUUAAAAUAUAAUAAUAUUAUAUUAUUCGGUGGUUUGCGUCUGGACGAGUUUUACUAAAAAUUGCAACGUGUUUGGGCAGCUUGGCAUUAUAAUGCGUUUGGGUGAGUGGUUUUAAAACGUUACAAUGUGUUUGUCGGGUGACCUUUUUUAAUACACCGUGAUGAGUUUGAGCAGUAUAUUAUGAAGUUUUUCUAGAGAUUAGAUUUAACAAAAACAUAAUUUUCAACUAUAAUGCAUCGUUAAUAAUUUUGUUUUAUAAUUAUUUUUUUCUUUUCAAUUUUAAGAUCCAUUUAUACUUGAUACACGCUAUACGUAAUAAGUUAUUACUUAUAACUAGAGUUAGGAUGUUGAUGACUUUUGCAUUUUUUUUCCUUUUAUUCUGUACAAUGCUAUCCUAGCUAAAAAUUUGUUUCAUGCUCCCUUGAUGCAGAAUAUUCUAAUUUUAUUUUGCAUUUUUUUUUGUUUUUUAACGUCAAUUUUCAACAUUUUCAAGUCAUUUUUUCAUCUUUUAGGGCAUUUUUCGUACUUUUUAUACAACGUGGGGCAUUUUUUCACAAAUUAUAGAUUUUAGGGCAAAUGUUACAUCCAAGUUUGGAAACAAAUUUAAUUUAUUAAAAUCUAACUUUGGAUUUGGACUAUUAGUAAAAAUUUAUAUCAUUUUAUCGCGUUCCGAUAAGAUUUACUCUUUGAGUGUUAUAUAUUGAUGAAACGAGUGCUCUUUCAGACAUACGUGGAUCAUACACGCUUAUCGAGUGUUAUAUUUAUAAAUUGUAUGGAAUAAAUCCGAUAAACAAGAUUAAAUUGACAUAGACAUUAGACCUAUUGAUUGACGUGCUUAUAGGAACUAUUGUCAGUAGUGUUUCGGCAUUAACCGUCACCAUUUAACCGAUAUUUUUCAAUUUUAUACGAUUUUAAACAUGCCGAAAGCAAAAUCGUCUGUAAGUAGCCGUUUACACAGUUAUGUCAAUGAAUACGGGAACAAUAUUUUUUCUAGUGAUGGUGAAGUGUUAUUUUGUAAAGUGUGUAAUGUUAAAGUCUCAGCAUUGAAACGAUUUACUGUAGAACAACACAUAAGUCGAGAAAAACAUACUCGGGGAGUUGAGCGACAAAAAGAAAGCGAAAAACCAAAAACUCAAUUAUUGCUGACUGAUACAAGUAUUACAUCAAAAAAAUCGUCAUUUAAUUUGGAACUAUGUCAAACAUUAUUAUUAGCUAAUAUUCCGCUUAAUAAAUUAAACAACGAACACUUUCAACAAUUUUUAGAAAAAUAUAUUAAAGUUGAUAUCCCAGAUGAGUCAACUUUACGUAAGAAUUAUGUUGAAUUAUGUUACAAUGAUACAAUGCAAAAAAUUCGAGACUACGUUGGAAAUAAAAAAAUUUGGGUCAGCAUGGACGAAACAACAGAUGUUGAAGGGCGAUACGUGGUAAAUGUCAUUAUUGGGACUUUGGAAUUAGAAAACGCUGGAAAAAUAUUUUUGCUGCAUACCGACGUUUUGGAAAAAGCAAAUAAUUCAACAAUCGCCAAAAUGUUUGAUAAAUCUAUGUUUAUACUAUGGCCUCUUGGUAUUAAACAUGACAACGUUUUACUUUUUUUAUCUGACGCAGCUCCAUACAUGGUAAAAGCAGGAAAAGUUAUACAAAACCUAUAUUCCAAAAUGAUACACGUAACUUGCAUGGCACAUGCGGUUCAUAGAGUGGCUGAAGAAAUUAGGACAAAUUUUCAAGAUAUAAAUAAACUUAUAUCAAAUGUUAAAAAAGUAUUUCUGAAAGCGCCAUAUCGAGUAGAAAUUUUUAAAACUAUUGCUCCCGGAAUUCCUUAGCCACCUGAACCCGUACUCACGCGCUGGGGAACAUGGAUAAAUGCAGCAAAUUAUUAUUGUGAGCAUUUAUCUGAUAUAAAAAAAGUGAUUCUGGAAUUAGACAAAAAUGAUUCAGUCGCAAUUAAAGACGCAAUAGAACAAGUGUUAAAUCCAAGUUUGGAAACAAAUUUAAUUUAUUUAAAAUCUAACUUUGGAUUUAUACCUUCGGAAAUAACUCAGUUAGAGACGUCUGGGAUGUUAUUAUCAGAGUCAAUUAAAUGCAUAAAAAAAAUUGAGUCUUUAAUCCAAAAAGCUCCAAAUAAAAUCGGACAAACAAUAGCAACCAAAAUGGAGAAUGUCAUUUUAAAGAAUAAUGGAUUUAAAAUUGUAACUAACAUCUCUGAAAUGCUAGAUGGCAAAAGCGCAAGAGGAGAAGAUAUUCCAGAAGAUUUAACUACUGAUGACAUGACCUACUUCAAGUAUGCACCCAUAACGUCCGUUGAUGUUGAAAGAAGUUUUUCAUCAUACAAAAAUUUAUUAACUGAUCGACGUCGUCAUCUUUUGUUUGAUAACAUCAGACACAUAUUAAUUGUACAAUGCAACAAUGCAAUAUGAAUAUUAUUAUAACAUCAACAUCCCAACACUAAUAAUAAAAAUAUUUUUAAUAUUAUUUUUUUUUAUUUAUAUUUUACUUUUUAAUUUAUUUUUAAUAUUGAAAUUUAUUUAUACCCAUAUCUCUAAUAAAAAUUAUUAUUUAUAAAUAAGUUUUUUCACUUACUUAAUUAGUAUUUUAGAUAAUUUUUAAGGUCAUUUUUUGAAGUUUUUAGGGAAUUUUCACACUUUUUUAGGGCUUUUUUGCAUUUUUUUUAGGGCAUUUUUGUGUGUUUUUUAGGUCAUCAACAUCCUAACUCUACUUAUAACUAACACUAACGAGUUCGUAUUUCCAAUGUUCGAGCAAAACUGACAUAUUUUGUGGCAUAACUAUUAAGUUUAGGUUGAUAUAAAUGUAUAAUAACAAUAAAAUAUUUUAUCUUAAUCUUUACAAUUUUUAAUUUUAUAUUAUAUUAUCAUAAUAUAAUCGAUCAAACACCGUACGGGGUACACAAUGUUUUUAUGAGAUGGCUAAAAGGGUAUGACGCUCAUAUUAAUAUUAUAUAACCGUAGAAAUCGCACGAACGGUUUAAACUGUUUAAAGAGCAUAUAGCUAGGCAUGGAUAUUAUUCAUUUUUGAUUAUGUCUUCGUCCUUCGAAACAUAUAUUUUAAGACCUUAAACCAGACCGCGCAGUUUUCGAUCUUAGAUAGAGUCCCCCCCCCCUCCCCCCUCAUACGACGAGUCUCGAUAAUAUUAUAAAAUCGCCGAGGGAUAUACCGCUGAGCCGGAUUUGUCUAGCCCGACCGGCGUUCGGCAAAACUAUAAUAAGGUCGCAUGUACAUUAGACAAAAUCACAUUUUUCAAUCCGCUCCAAUGAUGCGAUUUUUAUUUUUCCGAUUUGAAAAGCGAGGAAGAGAAAUAAUGCGUUCGUGGCGAAUAUAGAAUGAAAAAGGCGAACACGCAGUUUUUACCAAAAUACAAAACAAUCAUAUUUGUUCGGAUAAUACAAAGCGCAGAAGAAAAUAUGACGCGUAUCCACCUAUAUUAUGCGCCUACGUGUAAUAAUAUUUUAUACGCAGUGACAAAAGAAACACUUUUCCGGGUUGCCACUUUGCAGUGACGGUGAAAAAUAUGAACCGUUGAAUUUAGGUCAUAAUAUCGCACGAUAAAUAAUAAUAAAAAAAAAGGCAUCCCGCCGUCGAUUCGGAAAUGCACUUCUCACAAGACGUACUCGGAUGCAGCUUGUAAACAUAGUGAUACUCGGAAGUAAAUGCAUGCAAACACAAUAAUAUAAAAUAUACCAAUCUAAACGUGACGAUACAAUGAUAACGUCUUAUCUAUUGUAAGAACUCUCACAACGGUACAUUAGUGUUUUUUUUUUUCUGAAUCUCGUGUCAUCCACAUUGGUAUAAUAGUGUGAGAAAUAGAAUAUUAUACUACUCACUCGGGUAAUCUAUAUAAAUUGUCAUGUGGAUAUGAUAUCAAACUUUAAUCGUCGUCGUCGUCGUUGUCGUCGUCGUCGUGGCUAAGUGCUAAGCACUUCGUUGAAUGUGAUGCCAAGCCGCCGUGGAGUAGUAUAAUUUAAUAAAACAAGAUGUGCGCGAGAUUUGUCCCGGUAGCUACAUUAAUUGUUAUCAAGUCGAUAAUUAUGUUUGCAAAAAAAAAAUAAAUAUAUUUUUAUCUACCUUUAUCUACCUAUUACAGUAUUAUAUACAUGUUUACAUUUUUUUAACGAUGUUUUUAAAAAAAUGUUAUGUGGAAAAUAUAAUUUUUAUUUUACAAUAAA